CCGAAUCGCCCAUCCCAACACUCUCUCUGCUGAAAAAGCCAAACGCCACAUUAAGAUGUCAGACUUCGAGAACUGCCUGGGAACUAUCAUCGAGGUCUUCCAUAAAUACUCGUCGAAAGAAGGUGACAAGUACAAAUUAAAAAAGAGCGAACUGAAGGAGCUGCUCACGAAUGAAUUUCCAUCUCUUAUGGAGCAAGUGAAGGAUCAGGCGACAUUAGACAAUUUGAUGGAAAGCCUGGACACCGAUGGCGACUCAGAGUGUGAUUUUCAGGAGUUCAUGACCUUCAUAACCAUGGUUACUGUCUGUUGCCAUGAGUUUUUCAAACACGGCGAAGACGAAUGAGUUUCUAAUCUUUGUUUGAUCUUCAUUGUUUAAUGAGUCACAAUUUAUUCCUUCUUUUGUUGUUUCUUUCUCAUUCAUUAUCAUGUUAGAAGUUAUUUUUUUGGAUGGAUUGUGCAUUGAUGUAGCUCGUAAGACAAUGUUUCCAUUUGGCUCAUUUCGGUUGAAUAUGGAGUGAUUUCAAACUAGUUUAUAAUUUAUUACAAAUCACGGUUCUAUUAUUUCGCCUAAGCCCCCAUAACAUGGCCAGUGUAAUCCUCAUCGAGCGAACCACAGCCUUGUUCCAGACUUAUUGUCAAAUUCAUUUCUGAUUAGCUUCAGGUUAUUAGGGUGCUCUUGACUUAUGCCGAAUAGUACUAGGGCCUUCGACAAAUCACACCAUGCUUUAAAAGAGCCACCAAAGCCAUGAACAAACUUUUUCUUCUUUAAAUAUCCAUUAAGCAGUUUGUUUGAUGUGUACGACCAUUCGGAGAUGAUAUGUAGUCACCCAUCAACCCCAAAAUAUGGAGUUUCCUGCUAAAAAAAUCAUCUUAAACCAGUCUAAACUAGUUUUCUGGAUUUAGCUGGUCUCCACGCCUGGUCUGUUUGCUGGUUUUAUCUGUCGACCAACUAAACAAGCUUAAAACCAGCUUGGCCUGGCUGGGAGACCAUGUAGACCAUGUUAAACCAGCUAAUACCAGCAAACCUAUGCUGGUUUAAGCUGGGGGUUGGUGAAACAAAACUUUUGCCAUGUCUUAAAUUCCCUGCAAACUUUACAAUCUGAGUUGAACUAAAAACAUCGGGCCUUAUUUAUGAAAUAGGAGCAGAAUAAAGUUAUUGUGUUGAAUUGAAUGAAACAAAAUACAUAAAUUUGUUGAAAUCUGUGUGCAUAAUAUCAGGGCCGUAGCAAGGUAAUCUGGGUCCCCUGACUGUAUAUUGCUCUGGGCCCCUUUCCUAUUAAAACAUACAGUUUAGAAUUUGUUGUGGACAUUUGGACCCCUAGAAUCCUUACCACCUUUCACCCCACUGGCUACGGCCCAGCAUAAUAUUGUGAAUGCACGAAAUGUAAUGUAAUGCGUGAAAUGUUGUAUAUAAAAGUUAAUUCCUUUAGUUUUACAAUUUAGGUGUUAAAUAAAAUUUCUUAAGUGACUUUAACUUAGCUUUUCCUAUAAGAAACUAAAAAAGCAUUUACGGACAUGGUGGAGUUUUAAAAAAUGCAUAAAAGUACAAAGAUGAAGGACAACUCAAUGCUAAUGACUUCCCAGAUAUGUAACUUCCUGUAUCAUAAUUAUACACAAAUCUUGUGUUAAGCCAUAGACUGUACAGUCUAUGUGUUAAGCAUAGUAGGAUAAUUCAUUAGUCAGUGAUGGUUUAAUACUAUUAUAAACUGUAUUUUGCAGCAGGAUUUAAUUAUAAUUUUUAUUUUUUUAUAUAAACCAACAAAAUCAUUGUAUAAAAUGCUUUAGGUACAACUUAUGUACUCUUCCAGAAUUUAAACAAGGACGUAUAUUUCCUCAGGUUGACAGUGUCUCUAUACAACCCCAUGAGAUUUGUCCCCUGUGUCUUCCAUUGAUUUAAAUGUCCCGCAGGCAUUCUCAUUACCGAGCACAAACUGUCAAUAUGAGGGCCUUCACAUCAGUGUGCUAAUUAACAGAUCAAUGCAUGCAGACAUGCCAGCAAGUAAAAUUAUGAAUAUUGUAAGCACACAGUCUGAUCAAGACACCGUCUCCAUCUCAAAUAUGUUUACAUGGACAUAUAGCGCUUUGGCAAUAAGCCACACAUUUAUAUGCAUCAUACAAAUCUAGUGUCCUCCUACCAGUUAUUCAAAAUGUCCAAUCAAAGACUGUCAUACUAUAAGUGUCCUCUAGGUGGCAGUGUUGUACUUUGACAUAGUGCCAGCCCAAGUGCUGUAAAAAUUAGAAUUGUGUUUAAGUUGAGAGUGAACGCAAUAUGAUAAAGUCACUGGAUUUAUUUGACAAUGCAAUAAAGCAUAAAUAAAUAAAUAAAACAUGAUA